GUAUUGAGCGUGUGGUUCGAUCGAUCGGUGAUACGUUCCUGUGCCAAACUCUCCUACGAAGACGCCUUAGUGUUGAUGGAGACUCCCGACAAUCAUUUGGACAAAUUGGCGUCUCGAAUUCGUGUCAGUGAACCCUUCACAAUCGCCAACGUUAAGCGUUCAGUCAUCUACCUUGAUAUGCUAGCCCAAAAGAUGCGAAAACGGCGGAUAGACAAUGGUGCAUUGUUGCUGGAUAAAAUUGAAUUGGAGUUUGAUCUUACAUCCAAAGAGGAUGCAUCUUCCUCGCAAUCAGACAGUGUCUCCCAAUCAUCAAAGGCUGGCUGGCCUCGAGGUUACAAAACCAAGCAGAGAAACCGAGCACAUUACUUAAUCGAGGAGUGGAUGUUAGCGGCAAACCAGGCUGUAGCUCGUUUUCUUUUCCACCAAGUCAUUCAGCAGAAGCACAGAGAUAUUCUUCGUAAGACAGAAAACAGUCCAGCUACCAAAGCAACUCUCAUUGCUGCUGUUGGUACAAACCUUGCGAUGUUUGGAAGUCAAAUGAAGAUGUGUAAACACCGUGGAAGCCGACCAUCUUCCUUGGGAACGAUCCUUCGAAGACAUCCAGCUCCUCAUGCGAUCAAAAUGAAUGAAUUAAUACAAAUUGCUGAAUCGGCUGGCAUAGAAAUGGAAACGUCAUCAGCUGCCGCGAUUAGGACUUCAUUGGAUGCCUAUGUCGAGCAGCUGCGAGCAAAAGGAACUCCUGAAUUAGAAGUUGAAACUCUUUCAACUGCGUUGAGUUAUCUCACCUAUAUGAGAAUGCAGAUGGCUUUAUACUUUAAUGUAGAGGACGUAGUUAAUCGAGCCAUCAGAAGGGUUCGAAGCGAUGAGUCUGUUACCUCGGCUUCCUCUGAUGACCUACCCACGGUUUCUCAGGAAUCUUGGGAGUCAUCUCUGCUUAGAUUCUCCCACCACUUUGGUCUAAAUGUUCCCCUCUACACUCACUUCACUUCUCCUAUUCGGCGUUAUGCUGACUUGCUUGUGCAUAGACAGUUGGGUGAUCUGCUAAAUUGUGGUCACUGGUCCUAUCGCCGACCGAAUCAGACCUCCAAGGUGGGUUCAGCCUCUGAAGUGUACGGCAAGAAUUCGACACUCCCGGCUAUUCGUAAGCCAACUAUUCAAGCUGCUUGGUGUAAUCGAAUGCGCCGAGAAACACGUAGAGCCCAAGAAGAGUGCCAACAGCUGUUCCUGACUGCUUGGAUUAAGUCAGUUGGAUCAAUUCAGGAAAACGCGGUUGUCCUAAGUUUAAGCGCCAGCAAAAUCCAACUUCUUAUUCCUACUUGUGGCUUAGUUAUCAAUCAUCAGUUGGCAACAUUCUGUCGAGAAGCCAGUGGUUGGCAAUCGGAGAAUGAAGAGGAAAGUAAAGCGCCUUCCAUAACUGUGACGUGGGAAGGUAGGAAGAACUUGGCAGAUGAGGGCGAAAACAGGGAGGAGAAGAACCAGGGAGCUGAUGAAAAACCCGCAGAGUCUAUCACAAAGCUCUCCAUUCUCUCCGUGUGCCCUGUUAAACUGACUUGCAGUUCAAGGGGUUUUUAUGCCAAGGCAAAGCUUCUGCCUCCUUGGAGUAGUACUAAAACGUGA